CUCGUCAUCUGCCCGGCCCUCUAUCUUCUUACCAUCCAGAUUGUCAUCCGCGUGACCAAGAGUUGGCCCCGGCUCGAACUCAAAACAUUCAAGGUCAUUUACAACGCCGUCAUGAGCUUGUUCUCCGCCUGGAUGUGCGUGGGAAUCACCUCCACCCUCUGGCGCAACCUGCAUGCCAACAGUUACGAUGCGACCUUGCUGGCCUGCGAUCGCGAGUGGACGCUGCGUCAAGGCAUGGAGUACUGGUUCUGGUGGUUUCAUGCCUCCAAGUACAUUGAGAUGAUCGACACGGUCCUCCUUGUCCUCGCUAAAAAGCAUGAGCAGGGCCUGCCCGUGGCCUGGUACCUUCAGCUAUACCAUCAUGCCAUUACUCCCUCAAUCGGUUGGCACGCCUGGUUUUUGCCCGUCGACUCAAGCUUCAUGGGCGUCAUCACCAACACCUUUGUCCACGUGGUCAUGUAUGCAUACUUUGCCGUGGCUGUGCGGGUGCCCGCUAUCCGCAAGUAUGGUCGCUUUGUCACCAUGCUGCAGCUGGCCCAGUUUGCCUUUUGCAUCUUCUAUGCCUUUGUGGCGGCCUACGGCGUCUUUUACUGCCACAGCAGCUUCUUUUCCUGGUGCUGGAUUCAGGCUGUCUACAUGUCAAUGCUCAUCUUCUUCGUGCUUUUUGACCGAGCCAAGCGCGCACACGCCAAGAGCGCUGCCAAGGCGGACAAGGCCCAAUAACCGAGCUGCCGUUGUUUUCCCUGAUACUGUUGAUGCUUAGAAGAGAAGCAUCUGGUUCUGUUGUGUUUUGUCCCUAUCGAGUCGUUCAGAGUGCCCAUGUGCCCUGGUCCACACACACGCUUUCCGAUGCCUUGGUGUGUGUUCCGGUCCAAUUUAUAUUAACGUG